UCCGUCGACUUAGCCACAAAACCCGCAGCCUCCAAACCGUCUAUCUGGGCUCGCCAUGCACUUAAGCGACAGGUCCGUCCUCUCAGUCCGCCCCUCGUCCGUCACUUUUCAAUUUGCGUAGUGCAAAUGGCCGAGCGUCGCCAGUCUUCACGCAACGGCAACAGCCGAUGCCGCACGCGGAGCUCCAGCACGCCGCCCACCAAGCGCUCGCUGGGCUUUAGCACUCCCUCGACCUCCAGCGCUAGCGCACGAGACCGCAACGUGCCCGUUCGCUUCGGCAAAUGGAGCGUCGAGGAAGAUGCGUACCUGAGCAAGCUCAUUUGGCUCUUCGAGCACGGAUUGCUGGCCGAUAUGGAGCCCAAGAGGUCGCUGCGUUCGUUCCUGGCGCUUAUGCUCAACUGCUGCCCCAUGCGCAUCUCCAAGAAGCAGAUGAAUGGCCACAGCUUCGUGGGGAAGACCAAGUAUGUUCGUCACAGCAACAAAAUGACGCAACAGGAGUACGACAAGCUCUGUCACGAGGUCUGGAGACUCCGAGACGAGUUCCUUAUGGCUUGGGCCAAGGACGAGUACGCCAGACGUAACUCCAGAGUCAACCAGGACGAAAUGAGCUUCCAGGACUGGUAUGACAAAGUGGUGAGUCUCGUACCCACUCCCAAACUGGCAAAGAGGUCGAAUCUCAAAGAAUGCAAGAAGAAACGACCCAUUGAGUCACUGGAUGAGCUCAACACGCAGGUGCAGGACUCCAAGAGACAGAAAGUCGAGAAAUUGACCAACAUCCGACCGGUACAGGUAGUUGCCGUGCAGCCGGAGCGCGAGAAUCCACAGGAUACUCCUCGAGUGGAAAUGCUGGAGUCCGUGGAGAUCCUACCGUUGGAACCAGCUUUAAUACCUGAUAAUACCGCGGUGAUGGCUCUACCGACCUCGUACUGCAGUGAGAACGUGAGCGUGGGUGAUUGGUUGGCCACAUCAGACCGUGGUCGUGCUGUAGCUCAUUGGACCGACUUCCAGAGUCUCAAUCAUGGCGGAGAAUCGCGAUACACUUUAUGUGAGGACGCAGUGCAGGUCUCUUUGCACCUGAACGACCAGCAGCCAUCGCUGGCUGAAUUAUCCAUGACACGUCGGUCUUCGAAGCUGAUUAUUGACUUCGGAGCGCCUAGCUGCUGGCACACAGACGAAGAGUCCAAACACGAGCCGUUCUUUGACUAUUCUCAGUGGACAGAGAAUGACCUGACGGAGGAACUAGCAAUGGCAACGGACUCCAGCACCUUCAGCUGGGACGACUCGUCCUCGCUCCCUUACUUGACGUACAGCCCAACGUUGAAUUUUCUGUGAAGGCUGCUCAUGGUCCGUAGCUUCAUUAUUCCAGGUACGACCAUGUUACUUAUGAGUUUUCCACUUCUGAGCGUAAUUUCUUGGUACUUUAACCAGUGAAAAUGCAGUUUUUUU